AGCGGUCGCGACUAUCCUCUCAAGCUAAGGAAGACCAUCGGAGCAGUUGAUCGGACCUAAGACUGGUUCUUCCCACCCAGAAGUCGUGGCGUGGGCUUGCAUAGAAAUCUAGCUAGGGAUACACUCUACGGAGGUGGGAUCCUUAUUCGGUAGUGACCGCGUGCGUGCUUUUCACUCCCUCUCUGUUGGUGUUUGUGAGUUGUGGAAAGUGGGUGAAACUGUGUGUGGAGCGGAAAAAAGGCUCAAUUGCCAAGGAUAUCUGAUUUUUUGUUGUCCCGUUUCGGAAGUUGGUUGAUCCUGCGAGUUGUUCCUCUUUUUUCGUUGUUGCUUUCAUUUCGAAUGGGAUUAAGUGCUGCUUCAAGGGUAUUGUGUGGCACCCAUCAGCGACGACGAGGACGACCGUAGGAGAAUAGCAGCAGCGUGCCGCAGAAGAAUCAUUACGCGCGUGUUGUGACCGAACAUCAACUCCCCCCGGAAACAUAUACAAGGGGAUCUGUACAAUAUCAAGUGAGGGAAAGAUUUUUUUUUACAUUCCAUUACGGUCUGUUGGAAGAAAAUACCAAGAACGGUUCUUUCCAGCUCUAUAAAUCAUUUGGUUGUGUCAUAAAAAAGAAAUCGUUCAAGAAGGAAAAAAGUGAAACGGAACGGGUGCGAGAAUCCUUCACCACAAGUUGAAUUUAAUUUAAGGCGCAAAACGAAGACGUCCGGAAAGCGUUGAAGCUGAAAGUGUACAGUGGCUAGCCGGGGAAAAAUAUAAAUAAGGAGAAAGUGAAAAAAAAACGGGAAAUUGGAAAAGUUUACGGUGAACUGAACGAGGAAGUGAAAAAGAGUGCAAACGAGGAGGCUCGUUCCUUUGAAUUUCCAGAGGAACCACAACAUCGACUGCAGCAAAUUCCCGAUUCAUAUCGCUUCGAAAAACAUCCACGACUGGUAUAUUGUAAUUUUUAAGACCGGACAACUUUCGCCAACUGAGAAAAACUUCCUCUUGCUACUACUACUGCUGCUGCUGUGGCUAGUGUAGAAGAGGCCAUACCAAACACAGUGGCUCCCGAUAGCCUCAGGCUAGACAGGGGAAAGAACUCUUGAUCAGAGUCCGCCGUCAAGCAAUAAUUACUACCACAAGCCGGGUGAGUGCUGACUGAAGGAAUCUUUUUUUUUUUCGGCAGCAGUCCACUGACCGCACUUUCAACGUCGAGAAAACGACGGAUUUAAGGAAGCUACUUUUCCACAUUACACAAGAGUAGCGGGAAAAGCAGUCACCAUAAUGAAGGGACGACAUCUAAGGAGACGGUUCAGCCUGCAGCCAUCGUUUAUGAAGGACGACAGCCCGGACGACAGACCGAAGCGGGAAAAACCCCUGAAAAACGACGAAAAUUCAAUCAAUUCCAACGUACGGCACAAGAUCGUCGUCAUGGGGGCGGCCAAGGUCGGCAAGAGUUCCAUCAUCACCCAGUUCCUGUAUGGCACCUUUUCGCCGAAGUACAAACGCACCGUCGAAGAAAUGCACCACGGUCACUUCUCCGUCGGCGGGGUCAACCUGACGCUGGACAUUCUGGAUACGUCCGGCUCGUACGAG